GCUCCUGCACUCCUUACAAUCUCACUUCAGUCAGAACUUCAGCUGUCCAGUCAGGAUUUCAGAGGGAACCUAAAGUGACUGAGCUGGCACAAAAUGAGAGGGCUGGUUGUCUUGGUUACUUUGGCCUGCUUUGCCACCGCUCAGCACCAAGCACUUAUUGACUACUUGGAGAGGAGGCUGCUUACUAUUGAGGACAGGAUCUCUCUGUGGCACGAACAGACCGCCCGCUACGCCUCAGAGCUGCGGGAGCUGAAGAAACAGAUGGUCUCGCACCUGGAGAAUCUGGAUAAAGAAAAAGAAAGUCUGAGGAUGAACCUGGACACGGUGGGGACGAGGGUGGACCGGGUCGAGCGGGAACUGGACUACCUAGAGACGCAGAACGGGGCUCAGCCAUGUGUGGAUGUGGACGACAAGCUGAUAGAGCAGCAGGUGACUCUGGUGAAGGAGAAGCAGCAGUCCAAAUAUCUCAAACUCACAGAUUGCAGCGACAUGAUCUCCAGCAUUAAAGCCAUGAAGAUCCUGAAGCGAGUGGGAGGGCCGAAGGGGAUGUGGACCAAAGACACCAGCAGGCCUUCUGGGAAGGUCUACAUUUUCAACGGCACAAGUGAGGACACCAUAAAGGAGUUUGCCAGCGUGCAAGAGUUUUCCCGCUCCUUGGGCUUGUCUCAGUCCACUGCCUUGAAGCUGCCGUCCACCUGGAGUGGAACAGGACAUGUGGUGUACAACGGCUACGUGUAUUACAUAGAUCAGCCCGAGGAGGUCAUGGUGGUUAAAUAUGACACAAGAAAUAACUCGGUGACGGACAGAGCAGUGUUUCCAGUGCAAGACCACGUUCCCGUGUACAGCCUGAACCCGGAGACGGUGAUGGACCUGGCCGUGGACGAGGAAGGCCUGUGGGCCAUUUAUGCCACAAAGCAGAAUGAGAGGCACAUCUCUCUGGCUAAAAUGGACGCCAACUCACUGGACAUAGAGCAAAUGUGGGACACAAACUGUCCAAGAGAGAACGCCGAGGCGGCCUUCGUCAUCUGCGGUACUCUGUACGUUGUGUACAACACCAAGCAGCCGGGUCGCUCCAGAGUGCAGUGUGUGUUCGAUGUAAAUGAGAUGGUGACCAGUGAGGAUGCACCUCUGGUUUACUUUCCAAAACGCUACGGCUCUCACUCGAGCCUGAAGUACAAUCCAAAGGAGCAGCUGCUCUACGCCUGGGAUGAUGGCUACCAGAUCCUCUACAAGCUGCUCAUGAAAAAGAAGCUCGAGAUCUGAGCGGUACUAAUCCAACCCAGACCAGUUUUUGAACAGUUUUAGUUCUUUCUCUACAUAAAAAAUGUGUUUGUUUUUUUAUUUCCAAUGAUUUUUUUAAUCAGUAGAGACUGAAUAUAAUAAAACAUUUCUCAGAUCAUAGAAAAUCACAUGAUACAUGAAUACUGAGUAUUGUUAAUUUAAGGAAUUGUUGUUUGUAGUUAAUAAACAAAUAAUGACAAAAAAGACUGCUAUGGUCCUUUACAUUGAAAACAAUCUGAAAAAGUGCUGAACUUUAAAUAAUGCAUGGAUUAGUUUACUUUCUCACAUUUAGAUGGAAAUGUUAGACGUAUUUCAGAAAGUGUUGAGAGGAAUUUUGUGACUUCUACCGCAGCUUCCAUUGCUGCCGAAAUGUUAUUUAAAAUCAGACUUCACUGCACAUCCGUUUGCCUUCAGCCUGUUAGGGAGGAAGCUUGAAUGUUAUUUUCUGCUGCUCCAAGUGUCUGUUUUCAAUCAAGUAUUUUCAAAAUCUGCAACCAUCCUGACAAUUUAGUUUAAACUCAGUAUCAGACUGUCAAUUUCUUACUUUCCAUUGUGUUUUGCCAUCUGAAUACAUUGUCAAAACAUCCUUAUGGCUUUCUUAAACUAAAACUUAUCCAUAUUUGUUUCCCUGAGGAAUCUGAAUACUUUCAUGAUUCCUGGAGCAUCACUUUGUUAGACUUUAAUGUACCGUAACAGCAUCCACCACAGCCCCAUCAAAACCCUUGACGGUGUAGCCUGUAUUAAACCAUCAAGAAGAAACAGCACAUUUAGGAGACAGUAAUACAAAUAAAUGUUGAUUUGUUUUGCGUAGUCAGUAUUUUUGUAAACUUGUUUUAAAUCUUCGGUAUUCUGGUUCCUGUUUUUUUUACAUGCAAGACUAAAAGGAUCAGCUAGCUGGCUAGCACUGUUAUUUUCGCUUUCUGUCUUUUACUAAAUAAAAACAUCAUCUGCUUAUAGCUCCACUAUUUGAAACACAUGUAUUUCUUUGCUUGCCCCCCACAAUUUCAUGUAAUUGUUUAUUAAAAAGCCAUUUUUA